AUAAACAAAUUAGAAAAUUCAUUUUUUUAUUGGAUUCACUUGGCAACAGCCAACAACGAAUCAAAUCAUCAUCUAAUACAUAGUUAUAUUAGAAGCUGUGAAUGUGCCUCCAACUAGACAAAAGCACAUGCACCAUAAAUGAUCAAACCCAUGAAACUUCCAUCUCUCUCUUUUUCCCCUAUAUAAACUAAGGUCACUUGCCUCAAUAUUCCAUCAACAAUAUACAUCUGAUCAAAACUCCUAGAGAGAUCUAAUAAAAUGAAGUCUUUUGCGUUCUUGAUUCUCUUUCUCUUUGCAGCACAAUCUAUGAGCGUCUAUGCAGGCAGCUUUCACAAAGACGUUAAAAUACAUUGGGGUGAUGGUCGAGGAAAGAUUCACGAUAAUGAAGGAAAACUUCUUUCUCUCUCGCUUGACAAAUCUUCUGGUUCAGGUUUCCAAUCUAAUCAAGAGUUUCUUUAUGGCAAAGCCGAGGUUCAAAUGAAACUUGUCCCUGGUAACUCUGCUGGAACCGUCACAACAUUCUAUCUUAAAUCUCCGGGAACUACAUGGGAUGAGAUUGAUUUCGAGUUCUUGGGGAACAUAAGUGGUCAUCCAUAUACUCUCCACACUAAUGUUUACACAAAAGGCUCAGGAGACAAAGAACAACAGUUUCAUCUAUGGUUUGACCCAACCGCUAACUUCCACACUUACUGCAUCACAUGGAAUCCUCAAAGGAUUAUUUUUACUGUUGAUGGGAUUCCAAUUAGAGAGUUCAUGAAUGCCGAGUCACGUGGAGUCCCAUUCCCAACGAAGCAACCAAUGAGGCUCUAUGCGAGUCUCUGGGAAGCUGAGCAUUGGGCUACAAGGGGAGGAUUAGAGAAAACAGAUUGGUCAAAAGCUCCUUUCACCGCUUUCUACAGAAACUACAAUGUUGAAGGAUGUGUUUGGGCUAAUGGAAAAUCAGCUUGUCCCGCAAAUUCUCAAUGGUUCACUCAAAAACUCGAUUCGAAUGGCCAGAAAAGAAUGAAAGGGGUACAAAGUAAAUACAUGGUUUACAACUAUUGCGCCGAUAAAAAGAGGUUUCCUCGAGGUGUUCCUCCAGAGUGCAGCUAAAUUAUUGAUUCUUUGAUUCGUGAAUAAGUUACUUGGCAUUGUCUUUGUAACUCAAUGGUUCUUCUUUUCUAUUAUUUUUCAUUGAUUUGUUGCUCAUAUAAAUCUGGUGUUUGUGGAAGAUUUUUAAAGCAAUAAUAAAUAAUGAGAUUUUCUUUUAAAAA